AUGAUCGAGCAAAGUGGUUGCAAAGUAGGACCACGUAAAGGAACUUAUUCGGAAAUUACCGGUCAUGAAAAUUGCGGGGAUUGUCCUGGCAAUUAUUACAAUGGCGGGCAGUGUAAUUAUGGAGGUUAUCAUGUCUUUGAGAGUGAAUUUAAUAAGAAAAAGAACAGUUUAUUAAAUGAUUUUCACAAAGUAAAAGAUAAUUGUUGCGAUCCAAAAAAAUUUCUUUUUGCUACUUGUAUUGGAGUAGAAAAACAAAGUAGUUUGUUUCAAGAAGAUCAAGUCCAAGAAUUUCAAACCAAACUAAGACAAAUUGAAGAUUUAAGAAAAGAAAACGAUAAUUUGCUCCAAGAAUAUAAAGAUCCUAACACCUCUCCUGAAAGAAAGGCACAAAUAAGUGAAAUUAUUGAUCAAAACGAAGAACAGAUGACAAAUUUAGAUCAAGAGUUAGAUAGUCACGAUGCUCGAUGA